AUGUUGGUUGAAGGUGCAGGAAAAGUCAUCAACAAAGACUUGCGCCACUACCUGAGCCUUCAGUUCCAGAAGGGCUCGAUAGACCACAAACUCCAGCAAGUGAUCAGAGACAAUCUCUACUUGAGAACCAUCCCUUGCACUACAAGGGCUCCCAGAGAUGGGGAAGUCCCUGGGGUAGACUAUAAUUUCAUUCCUGUUGAGCAGUUUAAAGCACUGGAAGAAAGUGGAGCCUUGCUAGAAAGUGGAACAUAUGAUGGUAAUUUUUACGGUACUCCAAAGCCUCCAGCAGAGCCCAGCCCCUUCCAGCCUGAUCCAGUGGAUCAAGUUCUUUUUGACAAUGAUUUUGAUACUGAAUCGCAGAGGAAAAGAACCACUUCUGUCAGCAAAAUGCAAAGGAUGGAAAGUUCUCUCCCUGAAGAGGAGGAAGAGGAGGAAAAGGAGGCAGUGAAUGGCAGUGGAGGGAUAGAAAACAAAGAAAAACAUUCAGAUUCUCCUGACUGGAUGAAACCUGUUCCCAGCUACAACCAGACAAGCAGCAACAUGGACUUCAGAAAUUACUUGUCGAGGGAUGAGACCCUGGAACCCCUUCCCAAGAACUGGGAGAUGGCCUACACAGACACUGGCAUGAUCUACUUCAUCGAUCACAACACCAAGACAACCACGUGGCUCGACCCCCGGCUCUGUAAGAAGGCCAAAGCCCCUGAAGAUUGUGAAGAUGGAGAACUUCCUUAUGGAUGGGAGAAAAUAGAAGACCCUCAGUAUGGAACAUACUAUGUCGAUCACAUUAACCAGAAAACUCAGUUUGAAAAUCCAGUAUUGGAAGCCAAAAGGAAAAAGCAGCUAGGGCAGGCUGAUGCUGGCCCUUCCAAAUCAGGACCAGGGAAGUCUCUCUUCACUCGAGAUCCAUCCCAGCUCACAGGAGCACUUAUAAGGACAUCCCUGAAAAAAAGCACCAUGGGAUUUGGCUUCACAAUCAUCGGAGGGGACAGGCCUGAUGAGUUUCUCCAGGUGAAGAAUGUGUUAAAGGAUGGACCUGCUGCACAAGAUGGGAGAAUUGCUCCAGGUGAUGUCAUUGUGGACAUCAAUGGGAGCUGUGUGCUUGGCCAUACCCAUGCAGAUGUUGUGCAGAUGUUCCAGCUGGUUCCUGUCAAUCAGUAUGUGAACAUGACCCUGUGUCGGGGUUACCCCCUCCCUGACGACACCGAGGACCCCGUGGUGGAUAUCGUGACAGCCACACCCAUCAUCAACGGCCCUCCCGUGGCCAAGGGAGGAGAUGCUGCUGUGCCCAGCCAAGAUUUGAUAGCAGGGACAGUUGUGUUGGACCAGAAUGGGAAAAUGGGCCCCAUGUUGGUCAACGGGCGCCUGAACGGCCCCUCCAUGGACGCGGCGGAGCAGAGGGUCUCCCUGGCCUCCUCGGGGGGCUCCCAGCCAGAGCUGGUCACCAUCCCCCUGCUCAAAGGGCCCAAAGGGUUCGGGUUUGCCAUCGCAGACAGCCCCAUGGGGCAGAAGGUGAAGAUGAUUUUGGACAGCCAGUGGUGCCAGGGCCUGCAGAAAGGCGACGUCAUCAAGGAGAUCUGCCACCAGAACGUGCAGAGCUUGACCCACCUGCAGGUGGUGGAGGUGCUCAAGCAGUUCCCAGUAGGGGCAGAGGUGCCACUGCUUAUCUUAAGAGGAGGUCCACCCUCACCUACUAAAACUGCCAAAGGGAAGGACAAGCAGGACAGUUCAGGGAGUUUGGAAGCUGUCAGUGAUCCCAUCCCACAGCCCAUGCCCUUCCCACCCUCUGCUGUGCGAUCAGGCUCUCCCAAGCUGGACCCUUCUGAAGUCUACCUGAAGUCUAAGACUAUUUAUGAGGACAAACCUCCAAACACAAGAGAUUUGGAUGUUUUCCUGCGAAAACAAGAGUCAGGCUUUGGUUUCCGGGUGCUUGGAGGGGACGGGCCGGAUCAGCCUAUUUACAUCGGGGCCAUCAUCCCCCUGGGAGCAGCAGAGAAGGACGGGCGGCUGCGGGCGGCGGACGAGCUGAUGUGCAUCGACGGGGUCCCCGUGAAAGGGAAGUCCCACAAGCAGGUUCUGGAUUUGAUGACCAGUGCUGCACGGAAUGGGCAGGUCCUGCUCACAGUCAGGAGGAAGAUCUUCUUUGGAGGGGAAAAGCCAGCAGAGGAGGAGGAGGCCCAGCCUGUCCUGGCUCAGAAUGGCUCUCCCCGCCCCGGCCGGGGGGACUUUGCCAGCCAGCCCUGCCCGGAGGUGUACGAUGUCCGUCUGCAGCGGAAGGAGAACGAAGGGUUUGGCUUUGUCAUCCUCACCUCCAAGAACAAACCUCCUCCUGGGGUGAUUCCCCACAAGAUCGGGCGGGUGAUCGACGGCAGCCCCGCUGACCAGUGCGGGAAGCUGAAGGUGGGCGACCGGAUCUCGGCGGUGAACGGCCAGUCCAUCGUGGAGCUCUCCCACGACAGCAUCGUGCAGCUCAUCAAGGAUGCUGGCAACGUGGUGACCCUCACUGUGGUGGCUGAGGAAGGUAAGGAAGCUGCCACCACACUGCCAGAGUCUGGCAGUCCUGGCUGUUUCCCAGUGGAGCUGGAAAGGGGCCCUCGAGGGUUUGGGUUCAGCCUCCGAGGAGGGAAGGAAUAUAACAUGGGCUUGUUCAUCCUGCGCCUGGCUGAGGACGGGCCAGCGGUCAAGGAUGGGAGAGUGCACGUUGGUGACCAAAUAGUGGAAAUUAAUGGAGAACCCACCCAAGGAAUCACUCACACACGAGCCAUUGAGCUGAUUCAGGCUGGAGGGAAUAAAGUUUUGCUGCUGCUGAGACCAGGGACUGGAUUGAUUCCAGAUCACAGUGAUUGGGAUAGUUACAAUCCAUCUUCGUCAAAUGUAAUAUAUGAAGAACAGUCACCAUUAUCUUCAUCUUCCCAUUCUGCUUCCCCAUCUGAAGUGUGUUAUUUACCAGUACCAGGAGAAGCUUUAACCAGAGUUCAGCUGUCUGAGAAACUGGAACAAGCAGAGAACACUGUGCCUGACAAGAUAAGCACUUUAACUGAAAACCAGAGUGAGAGGAAGCCUCAGUCUUCUCCCCAGAGAACAAAGAACAGAUGGGAAUGUCCCUCCAGCCCUGGGUUUGGAAUCACUAAAGGUAGUUUGGAAGCAGGGACCAGAAGAGACAGAUCUGCCAGUCCAGCAAAGUCGGGGGCUGCUGAGGGACACCCUCCCAGGGGAUUCCACAGCCCCAGGAAAGGGGAUCCUGAAAAGAACAAUCUCUCACAUCAACCUGGCAGAUCCAGAGGGAGUGAGAGUAAAACCACAGAAACAGGAACGAACAAUAGUGACAAAAAAGAGUAUUCCAGUGGAAAUCAAGGAAGGUCAGCCAGUCCCCACAGGCACCUCGGGAAGCCGGGAAGUGCAGAAAUGGUGGGAAGGAGCCAGGGCAGAACUGGUGGUGUGACUGGUAAACCAGGAGUCAGCAGGAAAGACACGAAGCAGAAAACUGCAGGAAGGAUGGAAGGGUGGUCUGCAGAGAGACACUACCCAGCGUUUGAGGGGAACAACCUUCCCUUGAGGGACUGCAGGAGAAACGCCUCCGAGGACGAUUUAUUGACCAAGUCCAGCUCUGGAGAGUCGAGUUCCAGCAGGUUCAAAACCUCCAGCCUGUCCAACAUCCCACUGCUUUCCACGGAGAAACAAAGGAGGGGGGAACCACAGGAGACUGUCACGCUCAACAGGCACCAGGGAGGGAGACACGUGGAGCUGCCCCAUGAAACCAAAGAUGGAACUUCCCACCCCGAGGGUUCUCCAGUGAGGAAAGCGCCGAUAACUCCCGGGCCGUGGAGGGUCCCCACUAAGGGCACCCCAGCAGCAGGAGUGGCUGGAAAACGGGUGUGACUGACUGACACUGUUUUUUUUUAGAACAUGUUUUAACCAGUUUUCCAAUAAGGGUCAUUUAAAGCAUUGGUUCUUUUCACACAGUUGUCUUUUUUUUUUCUUUUUUUUUUUUUUUUUUUGGUCUCAGAAACUGGUUGGAAGGGGGGGGGGAAAGGGUUUGAUUUGUUCUUAAAUUAUCUAAGCUGCAUGAAGGACCUUUUGGAUGCUUCAGUGAAACUCUGCCAUGAGCUGCUGUCCCCGUGUCCCCGUGCAGGCCCUUGUCUGCUGCUCCCAACGUUGCACUGCUGCGGCUUCUCCGAGUGUUGUGAGGUCUGAACAAAGUUAUUUAAUGCCUCUGUUGCCAAUGUGAUCCUGACUCACUUCCUGCUCUUGUGCCAAGUUUAUCUACUGUAUCCAGUCAAUCUAACCCUCCCCCCGUGGAUUCCAGUCACAGACAAGGCAGGUUUGGGCUGAGGUGGGUGUUUUCUCUGAGCGUGGUGCCUGUUUGCGUCAGGAAACCCACGUGUUCUUGCUGGGUCGGGAAGGACAUGGGCGAGUUGGUUCUGUCAGUUCCAGGGCAGCAAACAAGCCACUGAUGCUGCCCAGUUGAUGUGUUUCCUGGGGUUUUUAUACCCCAUACCAAACCCUGUCGAUAAAAAUGGUAUUUGAUAUAAUUUUGCGUUUUCUGAACGCAGCAAAAUUGCUUCAUUGCCUCGAUUCGUAGGGAUUUGCUUUGCAAACAUCUUGUGUGAGGAGAGGAAAUUCUGGGUUCUGUUAAAUAACAUAAUUCCUUUGGUUUCACUUGUGGCACCACGAAAUCCUCAGCCUUGGUGUGGAGCUGAUGCUGAAGCCCCAUCUUUAAUUAAUUAAUGCUAGUUAGGAAUUGGAUUUUUUUCCCUCUGUAGAGGUAACAACUGACCUUAGACAGACCCAGCUGCCAGAGCAGCCUCGUCAGUGAAGUUUUUGCCUGUGUAUGUUAGAACUCUCCCAUAUUUACAUGGAAUGUGUGAUCAGGGAGUGCUGAUGACACAGAGGGUACAGGGGGCUCGCUCUCCGUGGUUUGGGCUGGCAGAGACGUUUUAAAGAGGGAUGUGACCACCAGGACCUCCUGACACCUCAGUCCCAAAGCUGUGAGAACAGCAGAAGCUGAAGGGGGUUAUUUUAUUCAUAGUUUUAGUGAUUUCCUGACAUGUUUAGGGGUUUAAUGGUAAAAGGAGCCUGUUGGUCCAGUUUGCAGAAGGAGGAGUAAAGGAUGGAGCUUUACUUACUCAAAACUCAAACUAAUAGGAUUUGCUCUCUGAAAUGGAACGAGCAAAUACCUCCUUUUGGCUUUGAAACAUGGGAUGUUUUUUUUAAAGGCUGAUGAAGCACAGUGAGGCAGUUCUGAGUGGAAUUCUUCCCAAGCACAGCUGACUACUCAGCCAGCUUUUCCACAAAGACUUUGGGAAUUCAAAAGGCUUUAGAGCAGCUCUGAACUGUGCUCUGCUGCUCAACCCCGGGCGCUCCAUCGAGGUUUGCUGUGUAGCAUAACACGUACAAAUACUCCCUGGGUGGAGUAUGACUGUGAAAUAUUUAAUACUCUGAAGUAGCCUGUGUAGAUAUUUCCCCUGUGCCCUUCCCCAGAGGGUGGUUUGUGUUGAGCUGUGUGCACUCGCCCUGACCACUGAGUACAGUGACAGAUCCAGACCUUUAAUUCCAGAUGAAUUAAGUAGCACCACUGAAAUGAUUCCCCUGCCAUCAACUCCCCUCGAUUUUUUCUAUAUGUUAAUGUGAUAAUGUCUUACCUGUGUGUGAUUUCUCCUUCCAUAGACCUUGUAUCUGUACUUCCUGUAUCAGACUUAGCCAUGUGGCCUUGGAAUGCUAAGCAAUGUAUGGAUGUACUGGGUGUAAAUGUUUAUAUAUUGUACAGCACCUUUAUACAGACUUCUGAGGUUCUGACUAGAGAGAGACCUGUAAAUCGCUCAUUAUUUUUUAUAUAGAUAUUAAAAACAAA